CGGCAGAGAACAUUCCCCGCCAAAAAUGGCGGCAGAGAGCAACGACAUUGAAAUCCAAGUCCGAACCCUAACCGCCGAAUCCAUCACUAUCCCAAUCCCUGCUUCCGCAACCGUACAACGCCUCAAGCUUCUCCUCAACCAUUCAUUCCCACCCGCUACCAACUCCUCCCAUUUCCACCUUUUCUUCAAGGGUGAGAAAUUGAGACCGCAGGCUCAGAUUGGAUCUUACACAAUCCACAAUGGGGAGUUUCUUGUACUCGUUCCAUUUGCUAAGAAGGAUUCCAAAGCUCACAAAUCGGACUCACUUAAUGCUCCUUCAACUCCCUCUAAUGCUGCUCGUGGUGGUGAUUCAGCUACCGAUCUCGCGGAUUCAAUGUGGUCUAAUAUAAAGGAGGAUCUAUUGCAUUUGCGCGAGGCCACUGAAAGCGAUACUUUGGAUCAUGAUAAUAGCUCUGGUUUCGUGUUCAGGACGGUUGCUUCGGAGCCAAGAAAAGAGAAAGUGGAUUAUGAGGUCAGUUGGAAUCAGGCUUCGAGGGCAAAUGACAGAGAUGCUGAUAACCGGAUUGAGCUUCCAUAUCAUCUCAUAUUGAACACACUGGAGUGUACCAGUGAGGGUGCCCUCGGCACGCAUAAUUGCGAGGUCUUUUUGAAGGUUUUGGACUCCGUGAAUUGUUUGUCAGACCUGCCUCUGGGACACUGCAAGUUGUUCAGAAGAGCUCGUUCACUGGGAGGUGAUGGUGGAUUGCAGCUAGGUGCCAAUGGUAGUAGUAGUUCAUGCUUGUGUCCUGCAUGGUUGAAGAUUGUAAUGAAAGCAUUUGCUUUCAUAAACAUCUUGUCCGGGUUUCUUCAUUUGCAGGGUAGGAAAGUGACCUUGCGUCUGCUGGAAGAAGCGUUGAAUGAGCUUGGAAUGUUCGGAGUCAAAAUUGGCCUCCAGGACGUGAAGCAUCUUCCGCUUCUCUCACCUCAACUAGUGUGCUUUGAAAGUGACAUAGAGAAGGCAAGUUUUGGCAAUGUCAUUUUUGUCAUUAACCAUUCAUCAAGUGAUGAAGAACAAAUUGAAAUCAAUCCUAAAACAGCUCUAUCAAAGAUUGUUCGGACAUUGAAGAGUAGGGAUAGUUCUUUCCGAAAUAAUCUGUGGAAGGCUUUUGAGCAGCUUCCGAGAUGCAUAUUGCAACCUGAACUGAACUUUGAGCACAAAAGAGAUCAGCUGACUAUGGGAAUUUCCUUGGAAAAAUUGCUUGCAAUAUGCAAAGACCAUUAUUUUGUUGUAAAUGAAAACAAAUCAAAAUGUUUAAAGAGAAGCUUGAAUACCACAAAACCUGAUUCAAAUCACAUUCGGUGUCAUGACACAAAGGCACUGCUAGCUGUGGACAUGGUUGAACACCUCGAGAAAGGAAUUGGAUCUGAAGGACAGAUUGUGCAUAUUGAAGACAUAGGCCCUAGAAAUGCCAUUCAUGCAGAGAUCCCAACUGAACUAUCGGAAAAGAUGAGAUCAGCACUGAAGUGUAUAGGAGUUUCAAAAUUGUAUAGUCACCAGGCAGAGUCUAUACAAGCCUCCCUUCAUGGGAAGAAUGUUGUUGUGGCUACAAUGACAUCUAGUGGCAAAUCUCUUUGCUAUAACCUGCCAGUUCUAGAAGUUUUACUGAAUAAUCUGUCAUCAUGUGCUCUUUACAUAUUUCCUACAAAGGCAUUAGCUCAAGAUCAACUAAGAUCUUUGUUAAACAUGACAAAAGGAUUUGAUGUUGAGUUAAAUAUUGGUAUAUAUGAUGGUGACACUUCCCACAGUGACAGGACUUGGCUACGAGACAAUUCUAGAUUGUUGAUAACAAAUCCAGAUAUGUUACACAUAUCGAUCUUGCCCCACCAUCGUCGAUUUAGUCGGAUUUUAUCAAAUCUAAGGUUUGUGAUAAUUGAUGAAACUCAUACUUACAAGGGAGCAUUUGGAUGUCAUACUUCCCUUAUAUUAAGGAGGCUCAGGCGACUGUGCUCGCAUGUAUAUGGAUCUGAUCCUUCCUUUGUUUUUUCUACUGCAACUUCUGCUAAUCCAAGUGAGCACUCUAUGGAACUUGCAAAUUUACCAGCACUUGAGCUAUUUCAGAAUGAUGGAAGUCCAUCUGCAAGGAAACUUUUCAUCCUUUGGAAUCCUAGUCUGCGUCCGAAAGCUAUGGUGAAGAAAGCCAAGUCUGUUAUCAAUGCUGAUAAUUUGGAAGACGAAAGUGACAAUUUUGUUCGUUCAAGUCCAAUUGUGGAUGUUUCGCGCCUUUUUGCAGAAAUGGUUCAGCAUGGUCUUCGCACCAUCGCAUUUUGUAAAUCAAGGAAACUUUGUGAGCUUGUUUUAUCAUAUACACGUGAAAUUCUUCUCGAAGCAGCCCCGCAUCUGGUUCAUUCCAUCUGUGCAUAUCGUGGUGGCUACAUCGCAGAGGAAAGAAGAAAAAUAGAGACUGCAUUUUUUGGUGGUAAAAUUUGUGGUGUUGCUGCAACUAAUGCUCUUGAAUUGGGCAUUGAUGUUGGAGAAAUUGAUGUGACUCUGCAUCUAGGAUUUCCAGGUAGUAUUGCAAGCUUGUGGCAACAAGCCGGUAGGGGUGGGAGGAGAGAUAGGCCUUCUCUUGCUGUCUAUGUUGCCUUUGGUGGGCCUCUUGAUCAGUACUUCAUGAAACACCCUAAGAAACUUUUUGAAAGGCCAAUUGAAUGCUGUCACAUUGAUUCCCAAAACAAGCAGGUUCUUGAACAGCAUUUGGCCUGUGCAGCUCAUGAACACCCUCUGGCUGUGCAGUAUGAUGAGAAGUAUUUUGGUUCUUGCUUAGAGAAUGUUUUAAAUUCUCUAAAAGCUAGAGGAUAUUUGAGUCCCAAUCAGUCAUCUGAUUCUUCUAGAAUUUGGAACUACAUUGGUAAUGAGAAAUAUCCUUCUCAUGCGGUCAAUAUCCGAGCAAUAGAAACCGUAAGAUACAGUGUCAUAGAUCAGAGAAAAAAUGAAGUCCUUGAAGAGAUAGAGGAAAGCAGGGCUUUCUUUCAGGUAUAUGAAGGUGCUGUAUACAUGUGUCAAGGGAAAACCUAUUUGGUCGAGAAAUUAGAUCUGUCUAGCAAGACUGCUUUCUGCAAAGUGGCUGAUCUGAAGUAUUAUACAAAAACUCGAGAUUACACCGAUAUUCAUGUCACUGGGGGUAAUAUUGCUUAUCCUACAGGAGUUUUGAACAUGUUUCCUAAAACAAAUGCGCGGGCUCAUAUAUGCAAAGUAACAACUACAUGGUUUGGUUUUUAUCGUAUUUGGAGAGGGAGCAAUCAAAUCUUUGAUGCUGUUGACCUAGCCCUUCCUCAAUAUUCAUACGAGUCACAGGCAGUUUGGAUUCCAGUGCCACAAUCUAUCAAAGAAGUAGUACUCAAGGAAAAUUAUGAUUUUCGUGGAGGUUUGCAUGCUGCUUCGCAUGCGGUUUUAAAUGUAGUGCCUUUACACAUAACAUGCAACUUAUCUGACUUGGCUGCCGAGUGCCCGAAUCCUCAUGAUAACCGCUAUUACCCAGAUCGAAUUCUCAUUUAUGAUCAACAUCCUGGAGGGUGUGGGAUUUCAGUUCAGGUUCAACCGCGUUUCACCAAGUUCCUGGAAGCUGCACUUGAUCUUCUCACUUGUUGCCGCUGCUCAGCAGAAAUUGGUUGUCCUAAUUGUGUUCAGAGUUUUGCUUGCAACGAGUAUAACGAGGUCCUACACAAGGAUGCGGCCAUUAUGAUUAUCAAGGGUGUUCUGGAAGCAGAAAAUGUGAUCAAUGCUGAGGAGUCACCUUUUUUAUGAAUUGGUUAAUAGUCCUUGUUACCUUUUUUUUUUCCCUUGCUAAGAAAGGGAGGUGGAUUCAGCUGUAAAAGUUUACUUGUUUAAAAUAAAUUAU